AUGGACCAGGUCAAGGAAAUCAGCGAGAUCCCCCAGAAGUUUCUCAAGGAGGGAAGCCAGUUUAUGAACAGAUGUACAAAGCCGGAUCAAAAGGAAUUUAUUCAGAUCUGUCGAGCGGUUGCCAUCGGUUUCGCCAUCAUGGGAUUCAUUGGAUACUUUGUCAAACUGGUCCGUCUCCUCUGA